GAAUGGCACGAGCUCCAGCGGCUGCAGCACUACAGCACGUACUGCCGCCUGGCCAUGCACCUGGCCGGCCGCCCCCACAAGUGGCGCGCCGCUGACCUGGCGGGCGGCCGGAAGGCAGGCGGCCGCAAGGCGCGGCCGAGGCGGAGGCGCGAGCCGGUCGCGCCGCCCGUCACGCCGGGGGACCCGCCGCAGGUCGCUGCAGCCGCGGCCGCGGCAGCGGAGACGGCGGCGGCGGCGGCGCGGCGGCGAUGGAUACGUUGA